AUGACAUCCCCCAGCAACACUCUCUUCUUCUACCUCCUUCUCUCCCUCUUCUUCACCCUCGCUUUCUCCGACGACCCGGAUUGCGUGUACACGAUCUACGUUAGGACCGGGUCGAUCUUAAAGGGCGGGACGGACUCCAACGCCAACGUCCGGCUCUACGACGCGUAUGGCUACGGGAUCGAGAUCCGGAACCUCGAGACCUGGGGCGGGUUGAUGGGUCCCGGUCACAACUACUUCGAGAGGGGAAAUUUGGACAUUUUCAGCGGCCGCGGUCCCUGCCUCCAAGCCCCCAUCUGCGCCCUGAACCUCACCUCCGACGGAUCCGGCCCCCACCACGGCUGGUACAUCAACUACGUCGAGGUCACCUCCACUGGGGCCCACAUUCCUUGCAGCCAACAGCUCUUCACGAUCGAGCAGUGGCUGGCCACCGAUACGUCCCCGUACGAGCUCACCGCUGUUAGGAACUACUGUAACUCGGAUGAUGACGGUGUCCAGAAACGGCGUCAUACUCACCGCAUGAUCCGGUCCGGUUCGAGCGGUUUGGUUUCUGCUGUUUAA